AUGGAUCCAUUGCCCGAACCAGUUACCUACGUCUGCGGAGAUUGUGGACAAGAGAACACUUUGAAGUCUGGGGAUGUGAUUCAAUGCAGAGAGUGUGGGUACCGUAUUCUCUACAAGAAGCGUACCCGUAGAGUUGUUCAAUACGAAGCUCGCUGA